AUGUUGGAGCGGAAGCCUUCCCCGAACCUUGGCGUGUCCAGGGCAGUGGUGCACAGGCCACAUUGGAGCGGGGUUAGGGGUGUGAGGGCCCAAAAACAACAGAAGGGGAUGCGCUGUAAAGUCAACAGAAACACCAAAACGCCACAUAUCACCACGACUCGACUCGUGGAUGCAGGAUUUUGCUUUGAGCUGCUGCUGUGUCUCUCUGCCCGCAAACCCAUCCCUGUCCCGAUGGACCCUGAAUUUCUCGUCAAAUUGCUGAGGGCGUACGACGCGUCAUUCGAUGCAGCGGCGGUGAGGGCCGCCUUCAACGGCUCAUCCACGGGCAACCAGUUUGUGCAGUGGGCAACAUCCCAUCUCACCCCGGACACUCUCCUCACCCCGGACGAGUUUGCCCAAUAUGCUGCACUGGAGAAGGCCGGCAUUGUCGACAAGCUGGCAUCAUCCUCGGAUCUGGCUGCUGUUCAGGGGCUCACGGAUGAGAAUGUCAGAGACGCCAUCGAACAGCUGGACAGGUCUACCCAAGCCAUCACCAAGCAGACCGAGACCCUGAAGCAGCAGCGUGAGGCCCUUGACCGCCUCGUGGCUGCGGAUCGCCAGACUCGCCAGGAAAGACGGGUGUUUGAGUCGGAGCAGGACCGAAAAUAUGAGUCCCAACGUAGGGAUCUUACUCUGGCUGUGCGUUCAGAAACACACACGUCCCCUCCUAUCUCGACCCUUGCGAGCUUGCAAACCACAGGGGCCGGCCCGGCCAUCCAGCAAACCGUCGACACCCUGUUCCGCUCAGACGAUAAGCUCCUGGCAAGCCUCCAGAAACUGGGAUGGGAACUGGAUACAAAAGACCCUGAAGAGCAAAAUCAUGUCGUCAUGCUGCGUGAAACAUGUGCGAGACUCGAUCGUAUCUAUCUUGAGACCUUGGAGGAGAAGAAUUCAGGGUCCAGCAGCCGAGUCUCACCUGGAGAAGUCUCUUCCCUGCAGGAAGAGGUCGAAUCCCUCUACUCCGAGAUCCUGCCUGUUGCACAGAUGUCUGUCGAGCAGCAGUUUCUCGAGCCGGCGCUGAAGAAGGUGGAGGCCAAGAAUGCCCAGGAGCAAGCAAAGUCGAAACAGGCAACUGGAUAUGUGGGUGGCUUGGACACAGCAGUAGGGGUCCUCGGGCUAACCGCGGCCCAGUCAGAGGUUGCCACCAAGGUCGCACUCGCAACACCGCGUUCACGUCGUCCGACCGUUAGUCAACGCGGUGUGAUGGAUUCUCCCGUUCGUCCUCGGCCCAGACAUGCGCGACGCUCUUCUGGGAUGGGCGGUGCUAUGGAAGAGUCGCCACUGAACGAGAUAUUGCGAUCGCUUGCUAUCAGUUUACCCCACGAGGAAGAGGGGACACCUGACUUCCCAGCUCGGGCAAGGGAGUUGGCCAGUAUUCUCGCCGAAAGGCGCAGCAAGACUGAGGAUAUUGCCAAGAACGUACAAGAAUCGUUCGAUUACACGGCCACCAGACAGAUUGCUGAUGGAAAGGUUGCCAUCCAACUCAUUCGUGACUCGAUCCUGGCGGAGAGCCCCUUUGGACAUGUUCGACUGGUGGACCCCGAGAUCGAGAGUUCGAUCGAUGUGCUCUCUCAGGAACUGGAAAAGAUUCGCCAAGAGAAGGAAGGGCUCAACAACAGCAUGGCCAAACUCAGGGCCAGAAGCGCAAAGAAGGAUGAGCUCAUCGCUCGUUGGGGUUCGUGA